AUGUUGACAGAUAUUAAAAUGUCGGACGAUGCCGGUGAUGCUGUAGCCACUGGAGACAAAGCAGAAACUACCGAGAUGCCCAACAGUGACUCCUUACCCAAAGAUGCAGAGGUACACUGUGAUUCAGCUACGAUUUCAAAUGAGCCAACACUGACUGACGCAGGAGAUGUGCAUGAAAAUGCAGCCAUUCAAGGUGCAGAGAGUGCUGACUCUGGGCACGCUGAGCAGCCCAAAGACACCAGUGUCAUGGAGACCCCCAUCAACGGACAAGUGAGCGAGGAAGAUGCGCUCGCUGAAUGCAUUGAUGCCGUCAGCCUCGAGGCAGAACCUGGAUCUGAAAUAUCCCUGAAAGAAGAAGAUAAUCCGGCUGUGGAUUCUCCUCCACGUGGAGGGGGAUGGGCAGGCUGGGGCUCCUGGGGCAAAUCUCUGCUCUCAUCUGCAUCGGCCACUGUAGGUCAUGGAUUGACAGCAGUCAAGGAAAAAGCAGGGGCCACCCUACGGAUUCAUAGUGUAAAUUCCGGCUCCUCUGAAGGGGCCCAACCUGACACCGAAAAUGGCAUCCCCCAGAUAGCAGAUACGGCCACGGAUCAGAGCCCCACAGAAAGCCCCCCUACCUCGCCUUCUUCAGGGUCUCGGGGCAUGCUGUCAGCCAUCACCAAUGUGGUUCAAAACACAGGUAAGAGCGUCUUGACAGGUGGUCUUGAUGCUUUGGAAUUCAUUGGCAAGAAGACCAUGACUGUCCUUGCAGAAAGCGACCCAGGCUUUAAGCGGACCAAGACUCUCAUGGAGAGAACCGUUUCCUUAUCUCAGAUGUUAAGGGAGGCCAAGGAGAAGGAGAAGCAGAGGUUGGCGCAGCAGCUCACAGCCGAGAGGACUGCACACUACGGGAUGCUGUUUGAUGAGUACCAAGGUUUGUCACACCUGGAGGCCCUGGAAAUUCUGUCCAAUGAAAGCGAAAGCAAGGUUCAGUCAUUUUUAGCAUCAUUUGAUGGAGAGAAGCUGGAACUCUUAAGAAAUGACCUAAUUUCCAUUAAAGACACCUUUGCAGCCAAAGAAUUAGAGAAUGAAGAGAAUCAAGAAGAACAAGGUAAAGGAAAACAAUCAGUUAAUAGUAAAACUGCCAUGAAAAAAGCUCAUGACUGGGUAGAAAAUGAUCAAACUAUGCUGCCAGUAGGUGUGGCAGAAGAGUCAGAGGAGAACACUAAAACGGAAGAAAAGGAAGAGAAAUCUGAAAACCCUGAAGAUGAUGAAAAGGAAGGAAAGAGAACUAAAACAGUUGAGCACGAGCACCUAAUCUGUCACUUUCUUCCUUUGAUUCCACAGAGCAGCAAGAAGGCCGAAGUCCUGAACCCCAUGAUCAGUAGUGUAUUGUUAGAGGGCUGCAAUAGCACGACAUACAUUCAGGAUGCCUUCCAGCUGCUCUUGCCAAUUCUGCAGGUUUCACAUAUCCAGACCAGUUGUUCAGAAGCACAGCCAUGAUCUGGCCAGACUCCAUCUAGUUAAGGGAAGCAGCAGGCCACAUUGCUUUGACGUAUUUAUCACUGACGGUGAUGUUUUCUAUGCGUCUGGCUGCAGACGCCCAUUUGACGACACUACAAGCAAUUUUGCACAGACAGUAUUGAGAAUGCAAGUUCAAAGAGAGUAUCAUUUCUCUUAAUGUAUAUGGUUGGUUUACAAACAGUUGUAUUUUCUUUAUGUUAAUUUAAAUUUACACAGCUUUGUAUCAGUAAUUUCCUUUAAUCUGAAAUUCACUCACAAAUGCUCACCGCCAUUUUCCUGGUCAAGCAUGCUAUAUUUAAAAAUUCAUUGGCAGACCCUAGACUUUUUUUUUUCUUUAAUCCUUUAAAUUUCCACCUUCAAAAUUUCCAUUCUUAUAGUAUUUCUUUAAAUCAAUUCUAAUACUGAACUUAGUUUUGUUACAUAAAUGCAUGGGCAAAGAUAACACUUCUUAUAGAUUUACUUUGUAUGGUUAAAGAGGAACAUAAGUAUCUCUUUGUAGCCAUUCAUUCUUGGAAAAGCAUUUAUUGAGCUCCUACUCUAUGCUCACAAUAGAGUAUCAUGAUCUCACCCCAGUAGAGACAGAUAUUCUGAAAGAGGGUUAAUAAUAAUUCUUAAGCUGCUUUAAAAUACUAAUAAAUUUUUUAAACCUUAAAAAAUUUGCAUAACAAGGCAAAUUAAUGGUGUUUAAUAUGUUCUACCAUUCAAUUUCUUGUAUUUUCCCACGCUCCUUAAACUGUUGUAUCCCAAACUUUAUACGAGGUCGCACAAUUAAGUUUGCAAGCUUUCCACCAUGCACUUAAACGGUGGGAAGUUCGCAAACUUAAUUGUCCAACCUUUUCGUAUACGGGGUGGAAAUAUAUAUGAAAAGGAGUACUAAAGAGUAUCUAGUUUAAAAUUGACUUCUUAUGACUGUAAAUACAUGAUAGCAUAAUUACAAAGCUUGGAAGUAUUCAUACAGAAAAAGGGUUUUCAAUACAGUAGGCCCCCAGGACUGCAUUUUUAAAUCUACUACAGUUGAGUCAGGCUAUAUUAUGAAUUAUACAGAUCAUACUCACCAGGAGCAAGUACCAUCAUUGCUUCUUUUUUUUUUUUCCAUCAUUGCUUCUAAAGGGCAGAAAAUACUGAUGUAUGGGUUGACUAACUGGAGUGUUGAUCCGUGAGAGGCUGCACAGAAGACCCCGUCGCCAGGAGAGGCCCUUUCAAUGGGCACGUCUCCUCCUGAGCUCCACACGCUCAUUCCGGGUGGGGUAUCAUAUAAUGCUGCUAUUUCAGGUCCCGUCGACACCCCUCCAAGCACGGUCACAAGAUGCCUUUCCCAGUGGCUCUCUCCAGAUCAAAUGAAGCCUAUACUUUUGCAAGUGUGAAAAAUCCCUCCUUCGUGUUAGCUUUUAUUCCUCUUAUAGAGUAGACUCCUUUGUUCCAUACAGGCCAAGUAGGGAUAUUUUAAUAUCCUACUGUGUCUUAUAGCAUCUUGUUUAUCAGCAUCCUGUAUUUCAUUUGUAUCUCUUGAAAUGGCCACAUGGAAAAUGUAUGAAGAGUUUAUUUACAAUCUGGAAAAAAUAUUAUCUGAGGAAUUAGUUAAAGAUGCUUUUUUUCCUACUUGCUUUUUUUUUUUCCUUUUAGUUUCAGGUGUACAAAACAGUGUAAUAGUUA